CUCACCCACCGCACUUCAAAUUGCUUACCGUUGAAAAGGAGGCUGCAUUCGUCUUAGAUCUCCUCCACCUGCCAGUCCUCCAAAGGAGCAAAGAUCCUCUCAGCUACACCGAGUUGUUCAUCAGCUUGGAGCAUGAGACGUGGAGCUGGAUUCGCUCCUGCCUCGUCCAGCCAUGGCAGGACUUUCAGAUCUCUGGAUCUCUUCCUCAGGCUCACAGUUAUUCCCCUCAGUGCUGCCUCCUUGUGGGUGAUGGCCACCAACAAGCAGGCCAACGAUGCCUACGGCAAGGUGGAAUUCAGCAACAUCACCGGACUCAAGUACUUGGUCUGCACAAAUGCCAUCUCCCUCGGCUACGCUGCUGCCUCGAUUCUCCUCUCUUUCCUUGGGUGCUUCGACAGCGACUGGCUUUUCUUCAUCUUGGACCAGGUGUUUGCCUACCUGAUGGUGACAUCGGGAUCAGCUGCGACGGAGGUGAUGUAUUUGGCAUAUCAGGGGGACACGGAAGCCUCAUGGAGUGAAGGGUGCAGUUACUACGGCAAGUUCUGCAGCAAGGGCAAGGCGUCGUUGUUCUUGCACUUUGCGGCGUUCGUGUGCUUCGUGGCUCUGUCACUGCUUUCAGCUUACGAGGUCUUCAGCAAGUAUGAGGCACCUCCUCUUUCUUCUUCCAAAGACGUGGGAGACCAGGCGGGAUAGUCUCGAGAUGUGCUGUUCUACAUGUAUUUGUUCUAUGCUGAUGGUGUUUGACCUCCGAUUGCUCCUCUAGGACAAGUAUAUUCCAUCCAGUUCUUAUUUCCCUGAAAUCACCUACGCAUUCGGAAC